AUGGCGACCGCCCAGCCCAUCGCUUUCCAUGCGAAUGCGAACGAUGAUGUCGUUAUGGGCACUGGCUCCCUCACAAAUCAGAAUGGUUCAUUCAACCCUGCAUCGUACACCCGCCGUCUCAUCGGUUCACCUUCAUUAUCUUGGCGCGGAGGCUCGUACGGGAACAUGUUCUUUACUGGCGCAUCACCAGGACAAUUGCUCGGUCCGUUGGAUCCCAACGACUUCAAAUUCGGCAAGAUGUCUUCGUCGAUCGAGAGUGACAGAGGUUCAAUAGUCAAUGCGCUUAGCGCAUUCGAGCGUCAGGACGAGCUGUGUCGCGAUUACACGUGCUGUGGACUGAACUUGACUGAUCUGCACGCCCUGGUGGACCACUUCGAGGAAUGCCAUGUCGUGGUAGUGGACCCCUAUGCGCCUCCGCAGCCACUCCCGAAUGCUACCACUCCCAUGCCACCACACCACCAGCAAAGUUCGUACUUCCCCGACGCCAACGGUGUAUCUGUAGCGCCCGCCUACCAGGGAUCAUUCGAUCCUGAUGAUAUGGAGAUGGAGAUGGACCACCCGAGCGCUCCGUCAUCGGGAGCUUCCUCUCCUCCAGACACGCCCGUAUCGACGCCGCUGUCCUCCUACCCAUCGGGCGCAUUCCCUGGUUCACAUCCGGGCUCGCAGUGUCCCUCACCGCACCCAGCGCCCGUGUCCGCCUUCGAGACAACCACCGUGUUGCCCUCCCGUUCCGGCCAUUCGCCGCUCUCAGUCGGGUUCCCGUCUGCCUCGCGGCCCAUGGGCGGUGUGCAGGGGCGCCCGGAGGAGGCGUUCAACGCCUACGCUGGGUACUCUGACUAUUCUGCGCUGAUGCCCGGUACUGCCGCAUCGACAUCCCGCUCUGCGGCACCGAAUGCCGACGGCUCGGCCGUAGCCGAUCACAAUAACGCUUACCGUUCGACAUGUGUGCCUCCCGCGUUGCUGCACCACAGCGCCAGCAACAGCCCUGCAGGCACGCCCGCCUCGUCGCGCGUUGCCUCGCCUGCGCUCCGCAACGUGACUGCGGCGAUGGCGUCGACGUCGGUUUCGGGUGCCACCGCGUCCGGCCAGACCUCGUCGGGCUCGUCUUCGAACACCCCGCGCGCAAGCACGACGCUCUCCCGCCCUGCGACGUCUCUGCUUCUCAGCAAGCCGUUCAAGUGCCCGAAGACGAACUGCAACAAGAGCUACAAACAGGCGAAUGGGCUCAAGUAUCACAUGACGCACGGCUCAUGCAACUUUGCGCCGCCAAAGGAUCUGGAGCAGAUCCAGGCGCUGCUCGAAAGCAAGCGCAAGGAGGGCAACAACGAGCCUAUGAGCGACGCGGAGCUUCGCGAGGUCGAGCGCGAAGCAGAGCGGAGAUUAAGGCCGUAUGCAUGUGGUGUCGGCGACUGUCAGAGGCGGUACAAGAACAUGAACGGGCUUCGGUACCACUACCAGCACUCGGGCGACCACGGCGCGAUCGGCCUGGCGAUGCUCGCCAGCGGUCAACACGAGUGUCUCCAGCACAGCAAGUCGAGACACCACACGCCUUCGUCCAACUCCCACUCCACGCCCGCUUCCACAGCUCCGUCGCAAAAUCUUCGCCGCUCUCGACGCCUCAGGUGUCGCGUGCGCCGUCAGUCACCACGAACUACACCGCCACUCAGAUGCCGCCGUCAUACCACAGCGCUCCAUGGCGCCUCCACAGUACCAGUCGAUGCGCGAGCAGCAGUAUUCGCAGGUGCCGCGGCUUACAUGGCGUCUAUGUGA